GAGUUCAGCUUGUUUUUUUUUUCAAACACUUUAAACCAAUUUUAAACCAUUCAAACCACUUUUAAACAUUUUCUUCAUCAUACUUAUGGACAAAAAUAAGCAUUAGAUUUUGUCGAGGAAACUCAAAUUACAACUAUCGACCUUGUCGAGGAAGCUCAAUUUACAGCUUAAGUAAUAUUGUCGAACAAGUGAGCUUUCGGGUAAUUGAGCUUGUUAGGGAACAGUGGCACACAGCGAAACCAUCAGGUGUUUAUUCCCAUGCAGUCAUAAACAUCUUCACAAAUCGCUUAUCUUUUUAUUACACGCACUGGUUGGCUUGUUUUUUUUAUCUCAUUUCAAAUUCAAACAUAUCCAUGUACUUAGUGUAUCGCGCCCUUCCCUCAAAUCAAAGAUAAAUUCUAACUUCCCCUAAGUCUGAGAUAACUUCUAACAAGGUGGCCGUAAUUACACUUAGUUUUCAGCUCACUUGAUCAGUAGUUCAAGUUGGUAUACACUCUGACCAUUAAAUCAAAAAUUAAUACCAUAAAUCCAUCUAAAGUUCAUCCAUUUUUACCAUAUGAUAUUUGCCUUUGAAGCUACAAAAAAUUAGCCCCAAAAUAAAUUAUUCUCAGUUUGGUAGCUAAUUGGUCCAAGCUAAUUUGUAGCAUAUUUUCUUUCAUUCUUUUUAUCAGAAUAUUUAUGACAACUAUUGACAUUUUUGCUGCCGUAUUUCCUCGGUUUUUUUGAAUUUUUCAGAACUCAUUUAUUUCAAAUUUUCUGCGUCGCAACUUGUCAUUUUACAUCCUAAAACAUCUAAAACUUUUCAACAUUUCUUUUUGCCUCUGUUUAACCCUCUAGCAUUUAAUGGCAUUCCCUUAGUUGAGUUGUUUUGUUAUCAUUGUUAUCAUCGCAAAGAAAACUGUUUUCAAUUUAAACUACAAACGUUUUCGCUACUUCAUUCAUUUGGAAUAAAAUACAAAGGAAAAUAGCGAACAGUUGUAAGCAAGAACAAAACAAUAGCAACAAAAAAUAUAUAAAGUUUGAACUCUUUAAAAAUGAACCGUAUUUGGAGAAAGAAAAGUGGAAAAUCUAGACGAAAAUGGAGUUCAGCAGAUGAAACGUCUUCGUGUGGUUAUCUUCAGCUCACCUGUCACGAGUUUUCACUAGUCUGGCAACAGUUUGACCGUGACAGAACUGGUUAUUUGGAAGGCGACGAGAUCAAAUCAUUCUUCAAAGAACUCAUCACAGCAGGAAAUGACCGGGCGAUAUCGGAGGAGGCGCUGAAUGAGAUGAUCAGGACAUACAUGGACGCAUAUGACGUGGACGGAGACGGAAGGAUAUCCAUCAGCGAGCUGGGUGAGAUUCUUCCGGUGGAGGAGAACUUCCUGCUGCUGUUCCAACACGAGCAGGAGCUGAACAGUGUGCAGUUCAUGGAGAUAUGGAGGGAGCACGACAAAGACAGAAAUGGAUUCAUAGACUCCAACGAACUCAAGAGUUUCUUGCACUCUGUUCUGAAGAAGAAGUCAGCCCAAGUGUCAAAAGAGAGACUGGAGGAAUACGCACAAACUAUUCUCCAGAUGUUCGAUUCCAACAAUGAUGGCAAAUUGGGAUUGCAGGAAAUGGCCAGGUUGUUGCCGGUACAGGAGAACUUCCUGGUUCAGUUCCAGAACAAACCCAAUCUCACCAAAGAAGAAUUCAACACUGUGUUCAACCACUACGACACGGAUGGCAAUGGUGUCAUACAAGGAGACGAACUGGCAGGAUUCCUGAAGGACCUAAUGGAACACGAAAACCAGGACGUUGCGGCUUCUGAAUUGGAGGAAUAUCGAAGAGUUCUUCUGCGCAUCUGUGAUUUGAACCGAGACGGGAAACUUCAGAAAGCAGAACUUAGUAUGGUCCUAUGUAUGGAAAUGGGAAAAAGCAUGGAGGACAAAUGAACUCCAUUGAACUUUAAACCUAUUACAUCGAAUUAAUUUUAAAUCUAGUAUUUAUAAUAUUACCAAUCAUUUUUUUACUAUUUAUUUUUCAAAUACGUCAAUCAAAUUUCAAUAAAAAGAAGUUGAAUAUAGCUGAUA